AUGUCUUGUUCGAUGUGGGCAUCAUAUUCGCAUCUUGAUGCUGUGCCCCGUCUCUACCCCUGCUCACCAGCAAUGUCCCGCUCAGUGAUCCAGCCCCUGAGUGCAGGGGCCAAUGCCCCAGAGGCAUUGUCCCUCCUGGAGCCCGUGGAGAGGGACCCCAUUCAGCGUCCCGCUAGCCCCCUGAAGAUGCACCGUGCCCUGAGAGAACCCGGAGGAGAAGGGUUACUGUGGCGCCAGUGUUAUGGGCUAGUGAGCAGGGUAUGUCACAUGGAGAGCCUCCUGCAGACCCUCAAGCUCACCACCUUUCGCUUGGAGACUGAGAGAGACCUGGAUCCCUUACACUCAGGUAAUGGGCUUUGACAACCUGCAUCAAAACAAUGUCACAAUAAACACAUUAGGGAACAUACAGUGGCUUGCAAAAGUAUUCACCCCCCUUGGCAUUUUUCCUAUUUUGUUGCCUUACAACCUGGAAUUAAAAUUGAUUUUUGGGGGGUUUGUAUAAUUUGAUUUACACAUCAUGCCUACCACUUUGAAGAUGCAAAAUAUUUUUUUUGGGGAAACAAACAAGAAAUAAGACAAAAAAACUGAACUUGAGCGUUCAUAACUAUUCACCCCCCCAAAGUCAAUACUUUGUAGAGCCACCUUUUGCAGCAAUUACAGCUGCAAGUCUCUUGGGGUAUGUCUCUAUAAGCUUGGCACAUCUAGCCACUGGGAUUUUUGCCCAUUCUUCAAGGCAAAACUGCUCCAGCUCCUUCAAGUUGGAUGGGUUCCGCUGGUGUACAGCAAUCUUUGUCAUACCACAGAUUCUCAAUUGGAUUGAGGUCUGGGCUUUGACUAGGCCAUUCCAAGACAUUUAAAUGUUUCCCCUUAAACCACUCAAGUGUUGCUUUAGCAGUAUGCUUAGGGUCAUUGUCCUGCUGGAAGACGAACCUCCGUCCCAGUCUCAAAUCUCUGGAAGACUGAAACAGGUUUCCCUCAAGAAUUUCCCUGUAUUUAGCGCCAUCCAGCAUUCCUUCAAUUCUGACCUGUUUCCCAGUCCCUGCCGAUGAAAAACAUCCCCACAGCAUGAUGCUGCCACCACCAUGCUUCACUGUGGGGAUGGUGUUCUCGGGGUGAUGAGAGGUGUUGGGUUUGCCACAGACAUAGCAUUUUCCUUGAUGGCCAAAAAGCUCCAUUUGAGUCUCAUCUGACCGGAGAACCUUCUUCCAUAUGUUUGGGGAGUCUCCCACAUGCCUUUUGGCAAAAUGUGUUUGCUUAUUUUUUUCUUGAAGCAAUGGCUUUUUUUCUGGACACUCUUCUGUAAAGUCCAGCUCUGUGGAGUGUACAGCUUAAAGUGGUCCUAUGGACAGAUACUCCAAUCUCUGCGGUAGAGCUUUGCAGCUCCUUCAGGGUUAUCUUUGGUCUCUUUGUUGCCUCUGAUUAAUGCCCUCCUUGCCUGGUCUGUGAGUUUUGGUGGCCUGCCCUCUCUUGGCAGGUUUGUUGUGGUGCCAUAUUCUUUUCAUUUUUUAAUAAUGGAUUUAAUGGUGCUCCGUGGGAUGUUCAACGUUUCUGAUAUUUUUUUAUAACCCAACCCUGAUUUGUACUUCUCCACAACUCUGUCCCUGACCUGUUUAGAGAGCUCUUUGGUCUUCAUGGUGCCGCUUGCUUGGUGGUGUUGCAGACUCUGGGGCCUUUCACAACAGGUGUAUAUAUACUGAGAUCAUGUGACAGAUCAUGUGACACUUAGAUUGCACACAGGUGGACUUUAUUUCACUAAUUAUGUGACUUCUGAAGGUAAUUGGUUGCACCAGAUCUCAUUUAGGGGCUUCAUAGCAAAGGGGGUGAAUACAUAUGCACACACCACUUUUCCGUUAUUUAUUUUUUAGAAUUUCUUGAAACAAGUUAUUUUUUUUCAUUUCACUUCAACAAUUUGGUCCAAUUCAUGUCCAUUACAUGAAAUCCAAAUAAAAAUCAAUUUAAAUUACAGGUUGUAAUGCAACAAAAUAGGAAAAACGCCAAGGGGGAUGAAUACUUUUGCAGCUUAUAAAGUUGGUAAGUUUCUCUUUUGCUAAUGACUUGUCAACACCAGUCUGUCCCAUUUUGUCUCGAUUAGUCUGUCUCUUAUUUCCUAUCCACAUCUGUCCCUCUGUCUGCCUGUGCAGCCCGUCUGAAAGAGCAGCUGUCUGCGCUGCAGCAGGAGAGUGAUGAGGAGCAGCGGGCCUCCAGAAGGGAGGUGAUGCGGCCAGGCCUGCCUGGACAGGGACGAGUCCCGAGAGGAGGUGCAGAGACUGGGGGAGGCCCUGGAGGUUGCCACCGCCUCCAAGGUACCCGGACCCUCCACAUCCCAUCUCUCUUCAACACACACAGUCUUUAUGUCAGCGUUUACCCACCUUUUAUUUACUAAUACAACCCAGAUGAUGAGUAUAUGGCAAAUCUAGCCAUUUUCUGAUAUUUAGAUAAUAACCCUAACAGUUCUGGUAUUGUUGUUGCAGAUGGAUGUGGCUCUGGCUGCAGAGGAGCUGAAGAUGGUCAAAGUCCAGAUGAGUGAGAAGCUGCUGCAGGUGCGGUCACUGUAGGGGCAUCAUGGGACAGGGUGGUGGAGUAGGGGAUGUCACAUGGCCAUCUGACAGAGAAGAGAGUACAUGACGCUUGAUACACCUGUUUACCUAAACCAAACAACCCUUCAACUCUAAUGACCCCUGACCUUUUUAGCUGAAGGAUCAGAUGUCCCAGGAGUCUGCUCGGUCUUUUCAGAACGAGAAAUCCCACAGUGCACUGCUCCAGAGGGUGGAGGAGAUGGAGAGAGUGGUGGAGAAGGAGAGAAGACAGGUACAGUAGGUGUGACGUAAUACAGAUUGAGGAAAAGAAAAAGAAAACAGAGAACCAUUGAUAUCCUGUCCCUCUCUGACCCCAGGCCCAGACAGUGCAGGCAGACUGCCAUGCCCUGCGUUCUGAUGGACAGGCCACCAGACAGGGACUAGAAGAGGAGAAGGACAGAGGCCACAGGCUGCAGGAGCAAUGUGAGCAGCUCAAAGGGCAGGCAGGUCAGCAACACUGCAUUAUGGGAGUUUAAGUUUCUCUGGAUGUUUUCAUAUUAUGCUGUACAGUGUGGUCCCAUCAUUUGAUAUGUUAGUGUUCCUGAAUGACAGAUUUCAUGUAGACAAUUACAGUGGGGAAAAAAAGUAUUUAGUCAGCCACCAAUUGUGCAAGUUCUCCCACUUAAAAAGAUGAGAGGCCUGUAAUUUUCAUCAUAGGUACACGUCAACUAUGACAGACAAAUUGAGAGAAAUAAAAUCCAGAAAAUCACAUUGUAGGAUUUUUAAUGAAUUUAUUUGCAAAUUAUGGUGGAAAAUAAGUAUUUGGUCACCUACAAACAAGCAAGAUUUCUGGCUCUCACAGACCUGUAACUUCUUCUUUAAGAGGCUCCUCUGUCCUCCACUCGUUACCUGUAUUAAUGGCCCCUGUUUGAACUUGUUAUCAGUAUAAAAGACACCUGUCCACAACCUCAAACAGUCACACUCCAAACUCCACUAUGGCCAAGACCAAAGAGCUGUCAAAGGACACCAGAAACAAAAUUGUAGACCUGCACCAGGCUGGGAAGACUGAAUCUGCAAUAGGUAAGCAGCUUGGUUUGAAGAAAUCAACUGUGGGAGCAAUUAUUAGGAAAUGGAAGACAUACAAUCUCCCUCGAUCUGGGGCUCCACGCAAGAUCUCACCCCGUGGGGUCAAAAUGAUCACAAGAACGGUGAGCAAAAAUCCUAGAACCACACGGGGGGACCUAGUGAAUGACCUGCAGAGAGCUGGGACCAAAGUAACAAAGCCUACCAUCAGUAACACACUACGCCGCCAGGGACUCAAAUCCUGCAGUGCUAGACGUGUCCCCCUGCUUAAGCCAGUACAUGUCCAGGCCUGUCUGAAGUUUGCUAGAGUGCAUUUGGAUGAUCCAGAAGAGGAUUGGGAGAAUGUCAUAUGGUCAGAUGAAACCAAAAUAUAACUUUUUGGUAAAAACUCAACUCGUCGUGUUUGGAGGACAAAGAAUGCUGAGUUGCAUCCAAAGAACACCAUACCUACUGUGAAGCAUGGGGGUGGAAACAUCAUGCUUUGGGGCUGUCUUUCUGCAAAGGGACCAGGAUGACUGAUCCGUGUAAAGGAAAGAAUGAAUGGGGCCAUGUAUCGUGAGAUUUUGAGUGAAAACCUCCUUCCAUCAGCAAGGGCAUUGAAAAUGAAACGUGGCUGGGUCUUUCAGCAUGACAAUGAUCCCAAACACACCGCCCGGGCAACGAAGGAGUGGCUUCGUAAGAAGCAUUUCAAGGUCCUGGAGUGGCCUAGCCAGUCUCCAGAUCUCAACCCCAUAGAAAAUCUUUGGAGGGAGUUGAAAGUCUGUGUUGCCCAGCGACAGCCCCAAACCAUCACUGCUCUAGAGGAGAUCUGCAUGGAGGAAUGGGCCAAAAUACCAGCAACAGUGUGUGAAAACCUUGUGAAGACUUACAGAAAACGUUUGACCUGUGUCAUUGCCAACAAAGGGUAUAUAACAAAGUAUUGAGAAAGUUUUGUUAUUGACCAAAUACUUAUUUUCCACCAUAAUUUGCAAAUAAAUUCAUUAAAAAUCCUACAAUGUGAUUUUCUGGAUUUUUUUCCCUCAUUUUGUCUCUCAUAGUUGACGUGUACCUAUGAUGAAAAUUACAGGCCUCUCUCAUCUUUUUAAGUGGGAGAACUUGCACAAUUGGUGGCUGACUAAAUACUUUUUUCCCCACUGUAAAUGGUUGAUCGCUUCAUCCUUUUACAGAGGUGAAAGAGACUCUUGUUUUGGAGUUGACAGGUGAACUAAAAGUAAGUGCCAGCACUUGAGUGAUAUCAAUCAACUGUGUUGAAUGUGUGUACCUGAGUGUGUAUUGUGUGUGUACCUGAUUGUGUAUGCAGAUUGUGUGUGUUAAUUAGUGUGUAUUGUGUAUGCAGAGUGCACGACUAGCCCUGCAGCAGCAGGAGAACAGCAGGUUACUGAGAGAUGGAGAUCUGAGGACUGCAGCUGACAAAGUCCAGGUCAGUGGCCCACCUCAGAAUAUACAUACUAGGGCUGAACGAUUAAUUGCAUUCGCGAUAAUAUCGCGAUUUGACUGAACGCGAUUUUCUAAUCGCAACGUGCGCGAUUUGAGGUGGUCACGUGACGCGACUUUUCAUGCUGUCCAGCGCAAUGGCCUCUUGCUCGACGGAACAGUCAGAAACUGACACAGCUGAUACUUUAAUAUCGAAGAGGAACAGCACGUCGGUGGUGUGGAACUAUUUUGGUUUUAAAAAAGAAGAUGCUGAGCAGCGUCAGGUGUUGUGCAGAGCAUGCCGUGCUCCGAUUGCUACUUCACGGGGUAACACUACAAACCUGUUUCAGCACUUAAAAAAAUACCACAAAUCAAUGCAUGACAGUUGUAUGACCAAAAUGCCGAGCAUCAGUGCGCGAGACAAGCCAAAUACCUCAAGACAGGGAUCACUGACAGAAAUGUUCGAAAGUGUCACUCCGUAUGAACGUAAUUCAAAACGGCACGGAGAAAUCACUCGGACAAUAACCGAGUUCAUAGCCAAAGAUAUGAUGCCUCUCAGCACGGUGACCAAGCCUGGGUUCAUGGCAUUAAUACAUACGCUUGAUAAACGUUACAGUAUACCCUCCCGCACAUACUUCAGUCAGACUGCCAUACCGGAGCUGUACAAAAAGUGCAAAGAGAAAGUCGCCGCGGAACUUAAAACGGUGGAGUUUUUUGCUAGCACUACUGAUAUGUGGUCAAGCCGCACAGCUGAGCCGUACCAGAGUCUUACAGUCCAUUUUAUUGAUGAAGAUUUCAACCUCCGAGCUCGCUGCCUACAAACUACCUACUUCCCAGACGAUCACACAGGGGAAAAUAUUGCAGCCGGCCUGAGAGAAGGGCUUGUCAGCUGGGAUCUCCACGAGGAGAAUCACGUCUGCAUCACGACGGACAACGCGUCGAAUAUGGUGCUUGCUGCGCGGCUUAAUGAAUGGACGAGGCUCCAAUGUUUUGGCCACAGAUUACAUCUUGCCAUUGGUAAGUUAUCGUGUGUGUGUGUGUGUGUGUGUGUGUGUGUGUGUGUGUGUGUGUGUGUGUGUGUGUGUGUGUGUGCGCGAGUGCGAGAGAGAGAGAUGCGUCGAUUAGUAAAGCUGAAUAUACAAAUAUAUAUAAAUGAUAUUAUAUAAAUCGGAUGGGAUUAAAUAAAUUCAUACUUCCACUCCUUUUCUAAUAUGUAAAUUCAUUUUACUUGCUUAUAUCAUAUGUCUGUCUGUGGUGGAAUGCCCACCUGCAUUUUUUUUCUUUUCUUGUUUUUGUUUUUUACAUGUUUUUUUAGUGUUUAUGAGAGAGAGAGAGAGAAAGAGAGAGAGAAUUGACAUGCAAAUAAAGACCCUUUGAAUUGAGAGAGAGAGAGAGGAUGUGUUGUGGAUGUGUGUAUUUCAGAAUUACAGCUAAUUUGAGUGUGUAAUAGUGAGAGCCUUGUAUCAAAACUCAAAUUGUGUGUAAUACACUACUUUUUAUUUCUUUUAGAAAAUGCACUCAAAGAUGACAGAGUGUCAAGGGCAACAGCACUGUGCAGGAAGCUGGUGGGGCACUUUUCCCACAGUUGGAAGAAGAAAGCAGCCCUGACGGAGGCACAGAGAGAGCUCAAACUCCCUGAGCACAACCUCAUAACGGAGUGCCCAACAAGAUGGGGUUCUAAAGAAAUGAUGAUUGCCAGAGUGCUUGAACAGGCCAAAGCCAUUUCUCAGGUAUUGUCUGGAGAUCGAUAUGCACGCUCCCUUAUCCCAACCUGGCAGGAUAUUGACGUGUUGGAGUCGAUUCACAAGGCACUGCAUCCUCUACUGGAGUUUACUGAUGCUCUUUCUGGAGAGGAGUAUGUAAGCAUCUCCUACCUCAAGCCAGUUCUCCACCUUUUUGCCACAUCAGUCCUGGCUGAAGAUGCUGAGGACACUGACCUGACUAAAUCAAUAAAAACCAAAGUCCUAGCAUACCUCAAUAACAAAUAUGGAGACCCAAACAUCCAGGAGCUUUUGGAUGUUGCCUGUUUCCUGGACCCUAGGUUCAAAAUACAGUACAUCAGUACAGACAACAUCCCUGCUAUCAAGACUCGUCUGAAGACAGAGAUAGUAGACUUGGCACAACGUACAUAUCAUUGGGUAAAUAAUUAUGUAUUUCACAAAAACAAAAAUUUUCUGUAAAAUCUAACUGGAAAACUAAUGGCUGUUGUUUUCAUCUAAUAGGAGAAGAGGUCUCGUACUGAAACUGUUCAGAUGCCUCAAAGUGCACAGUCCUUGGGGGAAAAGACGAAGAGGUCUCUUGGCAGUUUUUUCAAGACCAGUUCAGCCUCUCCUUCUUUGCCUGUAAAUCUUGAAGAUGUCGCAGAGGCAGAGAUAAACAAUUACCUGAUGACUCCUACCAUUGAUGGAGAAGAUGAUCCAUUGGCUUGGUGGAGGGUGCACAAGAUCAGCUACCCACAGUUGUGCACCAUGGCACGCAAGUAUCUUUGUGUACCUGCUACAAGCGCUCCCUCAGAGCGUCUUUUUAGCACAGGAGGGAAUAUUGUGACUUGCACUCGCUCAGCCUUGAAGCCAGAAAAAGUCAAUAUUCUGGUUUUCUUAGCAAAAAACCUGUGAGCCACUGAGAACAGAACUGUUGGAUAAGUAUGGCUGGCAGUGCCAUACUCGUAGUGAACUUUAGUCUGUGUGGUGUGUUAUUGUUGUGUACUUGAGAUAAGUGAGGCUCAUCUAUUUUAUAUUAUAAUAUUCAAAUCGUUUAUAAAAAAUAGUUUGUCUAAAUUAAAAGUGCAUUUCUCAUUUUUUAUUUAUAACUUUAUUUACUUUGAUUUUACAAAAUAUUUUCAAAGCAAAUUCCUUGUUUCAGUUGUGUGAAAUGUUACUGACUUGGGAGCAGUAAGAUACAUACAAUUUAAAAUUAUUUUUUUCUUAAGACUGUACCUUUUGCACACAGUGUUUACAAAGUUCAUGCCUUUGUUUAAAUUAUUUAAAUGCACAGUGGCAAAGCCACAGAUGUUUCUGUAAUGAGCAGUUCAAUAAAAAUGUCAUUUAUUUCAAGUCAUACAUGUUUGAAUUUAAUUCUAACAAAUAGACCCAGCCUAUGGGAAAGAACAUUUCACACUAAAUGUAUAUACUAUUGUGUUGGUCAUAUUUAAAUCAUUCAUUAUGUUUUGUAGGGGAAAAAGGAUAAAUAAAUUAAAUCGCAUAUUAAAUCGCAAUCGCAAUAUUGGGGGCAAAAAAUCGCAAUUAGAUUAUUUUCCAAAAUCGUUCAGCCUUAAUACAUACUAUACAUUAAAGACCAUUAUAAACUGUGUGGUUGGAGCCCUGAAUGCUGAUUGGCUGAAAGCCGUGGUAUACCACGGGUAUGACAAAACAUUUAUUUUGACUCCUCUAAUUACGUUGGUUACCUGUUUAUAAUAGCAAUAAGGCACCUCGGGGGUUUGUGGUAUAUGGCCAAUAUACCACGGCUAAGGGCUAUAUCCAGGCACUCCGCGUUGCAUCGUGCAUAAGAACACCCCCUCAUGCCUUAUUGCUUAAUUAUACCAUGGCAUUGUUGAAUACUUAUUUCUCAUUGGCUUGAAGGGCAUUGUAGAGCAUGCAUUAUUUCCCUAUAACGCACAGUAUAUUUGCACGGUAGAAUUCAAUAGCUAUAGUUAAUUCUUACAUGUUUGAGCUGCUUUUGAAAGCAAAAGUAGACUUGAAAACAUUAUUGGCAUUGUUGAAAAUCAAUUUUUAUAAUGGCAAGUCUCUUUGUUUGGUUACCACGGCAACUUCUGUAGCUAUCUAGUAAACUUGCUAGCUUCUUCAUUGGAUGUUGAACACAUUUCUACUGGCAAAUGAACACAUUUGUAGCUGCAAAUGUGGUCAAUUAUAGCCAUUGUAUAAAAGGGAUAAUCAACUCGGGACUCUAUGCGUUCUCUGGAAAAUAAUGCAACUGUGUGGAAGGUCAGUUCCACUCCACUGGCGUGUCAUGGAACCAGUGGCGGCUCCUGAAAAAAUUCUCAGGAGGGGCAAUUUUUCUGAUGAUUUAGGUGACCUACACACAUUUUUAAAAAGAUAUGUCCAGCAACAACAUGAAGACAGGGGCAGCAUAUAAGUCAAUACCAGAAGCAUUUAUUGACUGAUCUCAAAAGUGUUGGCUUACAAAAGCAAAAUAAGUUAUCACAGUAAAAAUAAUCAAGGGUGUUCUUUCACAUUCCUCAACACUGCAUAAACAAUAUGUAUGGCUUUGUAAAAAUGAACAACCAUAUUCUGGCCAAUUGUAUAGAUUUGUAAAUAUGAACAACCAUAUUCUGGCCAAUUGUAUAGAUUUGUAAAAAUGAACAUGAACAGAUUUUUUAUUUUUUUGAAUGGCAGUACCUUUCAAACAUGUCUGCUUGCAGUAAGGUAGCACUCACAAGGUGGCCAGAGAAAGAGAACCUUUCUUUGGUGUGAUCCAGGAUGGUGUUGCAGACCUCUUCAGACAGCCUCUGCUUCUCCUCUUCUCUCAAAGCUGUUCUGGGUCUUUUGGCUCCUGUUGCUUCUUGCAGCUGCUGUUGAGAGGAGUCCCUGAAGGCAAACAGACCAAUGUGUUUGUUGGCUUUGUACAGUAUUGUUGUCUAUGUGAUGCACAGGUAUAUGCAAUGUAUCCAUGUAUAGUACAAAUACUUCAGUUCCACUUAAAAUGGGCAGGGAUGCAUAAAGUCUUUAGUGUUUAAGUUAGCCUUUGUGUCUCACAUAGCCUGGAUGUUCAGCACAGUAUACAGUGGUGCUCAUAAGCUUAUGAUCCCAUGCUAAAGUUGACUAAAAAGAGGAAUAAAAAAGAAAAGAAAAUUGGUGUCCUUAAAGGUUGGAUUUUCCAACUUUUUUAAUUAAGUCAUUAAGAUCAAUUUCCAAAAGAUGAUUUUUUUAUUCCUCUUUUUAGUCAGCUUUAGAAUGUGUUCAUACACUUAUGAGCACCACUGUACAGUACACAUAGUAUAUAAAAUAAGAUAGAUUACACCACUGGCCAUAUAUAAUGACAAUAAUGUAAUUUCAAACACAAAUGCAGUCUCCUUUCAUGCAUACAUUUUCAAAUAAAGCUCUGCUUUGAGAAAGAUCGAAUGAUAUUGUUUAAUCUUUAUCUUACCUUAUGGCCUGCACACUGCUUGCGAAGCUGUCGAGGGCACGUUUGAUAAAGACAGCAUCGAUGUCCUUAUUCUGUAGCUUCUGGUUCGGUGGGCUGGUCAAAUGAACCCAAUGAACCCGUCCGGAUGGCUUCAAAACAUUCUAUGAGGUCGUCUCGAUUCUCGUAGACAGUGUUCACGACUCUGCUGUUGCUAACCUCAUCGUUGUGGCGGCGGACAGCUAGCCUGUAUCCCUCAUCCAGUUGAGUGGCAAUAUUCACUCUCACCAAAGCAGACAAUCUCAAACAGCUAUCAAUGUGGGUCUUUGACAGCUCAUUUUUCUUAAUCUUUUCUGAAAGAUGGUGCAUGUCGGUUACACCAGUCGCUGUCCAAGCGUUGCUGUCUGCCGUUCAUGGUUACGUUACGUUACGUAUGACGAAAGCGCGUAAGUGCAAGCCCUCAGACACCCAUAGAGAAUGUAUUGAAAGCUCAGAAAUUUGAAAAAAAAAUAUUUUACAUUAGAGGCUAUGAGAGACUUCUGGGCGAUUUUCAACCUGACUGAAAUCGCCCCAAAACGGGCGGGGACAUUUGAAGCACGACUUUAGCCUGAUUGGACAUUUAGUGGCUGGCAGAUCAGACGUGAACACUGAACUACUGUUGCCAUGAUAUAAUUGAUUAGAAAAAAAAUCCCUUCCUUUUCCCGUUUGGCAGUGCGUCGCCCAUAUCGCCCUAUUGAACACACCGCCCAUGCAUGGAACACACCUUCCACGUCGUUCAUUAUUUUCCAAAGAAUGCAUAGCCCCUCAUUGAUUAUCCCUUAUUUAUUUAACAAUAGAUUGCAGUAUACAGUAUUUAUAAGACCAUGUGUAGAUGACCACUUAAUCUGUAUCCAUACCCAUUGGAUGCGGUGAUCACAAUAUAGUGGCUAUAUCUAGGAGAACCAAGGUUCCAAAAGCUGGGCCUAAUAUUGUGUAUAAGAGAUCAUACAAACGUUUUUGCUGCGACUCCUAUGUGGAUGAUGUAAAAAAAUAUUUGUUGUUCUGAUGUGAUUUAAUAAGGAGCAUCCAGACGCUGCACUUGAUGAGUUUCUGAAAUUGCUUCUUACAAUUAUUGAUAAACAUGCACCUGUUAAGAAACUGACUGUUAGAACUGUUAAGGCUCUGUGGAUUGUUGAAAGAGAUUGGGCAAAAGGAGGGGCUAACAAGUCUGGCUGCACAUCUGACUGACUGACUUACUGCAAAUUGCGAAAUUAUGUGACUAAAUUUAACAAAAAUAAAAAUAAACUGUAUUAUGAUGGAAUGAUGGAAAACUGUGGCUUACUUUAAAUGAAAUUAUUAAUCACACAACCGUUUGAUGUUGCCAAUUAUUUUAAUGAUUACUUAAUUGGCAUACUUAAGCAGGAAAGGCCAACAAUGAACAGUGAGCCAUUGUAUUCAUGCAUAAAAAAAACAAAUAAUUAAAGAAAAGCAUUGUAAGUUAGAAUUUUGUAAUGUUAGUGUGGGACAGGUGGAAAAAGUAUUGUUAUUGAUCAAUAAUGACAAACCUCUUGGCAUUGACAACUUAGAUGGAAGGCUACUGAGGAUGGUAGCUGACUCUAUGGCCACUCCUAUCUGUCAUAUAUUUAAUCUGAGUCUAGAAGAAGGUGUUUGUCCUCAGGCCUGGAGGGAAGCCAAAGUCAUUCCGCUACCCAAGACUGGUAAACUGGCUUUUACUGGUUCUAACAGCAGACCUAGAAGCUUACUGCCAGCUCUUAGCAAACUGUUGGAAAAAAUUGUGUUUGACCAAAUACAAUGCUAUUUCUCUGUAAACAAAUUGACAACAGACUUUCAGCAUGCUUAUAGAGAAGGGCACUCAACAUGUACUGCACUGACACAAAUGAUUGGUUGAAAGAAAUUGAUAAUAAAAAGAUUGUGGGAGCUGUACUGUUAGGUUUCAGUGCAGCCUUUGAUAUUAUUGACCAUAACCUGUUGUUGAGAGAACUUAUGUGUUAUGUAUUUUCAACCUCAGCUCUGAAUCCAUGUUAUGGCAAUCUAUCUAAUAGAACUCAAUAGGCUUUUCUUUAAUGGAAGCUUCUCUAAUGUCAAACAUUUAGGGUGUGGUGUACCGCAGAUCAGUUCUCUUAGCCCUCUACUUUUUUCUAUUUUUACCAAUGACAUGCCACUGGAAUUAAACAAAGCCUGUGUGUCUAUGUAUGCUGAUGAUUCAACCAUAUACGUUUCAGCAACCACAGCUAAUGAAGUCACUUAACUUCAACGCUUAACAAGGAGUUGCAGUCAGUUUUGGAAUGGGUGGCCAGUAAUAAACUGAUCCUGAACAUCUUUAAAACUAAGAACAUUGUAUUUGGUACAAAUUAUUCCCUAAACUCUAGACCUCAGCUGAAUCUGGUAAUGAAUGGUGUGACUGUUGAACAAGUUGAGGAGACAAAAUUACUUGGUGUUACCUUAGAUUGUAAAUUGUCAUGGUUAAAACAUAUACAGUACCAGUCAAAAGUUUGGACACACCUCCUCACUCAAGGGUGUUUCUUUAUUUGUACUAUUUUCUACAUUGUAGAAUAAAAGUGAAGACAUCAAAACUAUGAAAUAACACAUAUGGAAUCAUGUAGUAACCAAAAAAGUGUUAAACAAAUCAAAAUAUAUUUUAUAUUUGAGAUUCUUCAAAUAGCCACCCUUUGCCUUUAUGACAGCUUUGCACACUCUGUGUGGACCCCAGGCUUUCGCAACAGCUAAUGGGGAUCCUAAUAAAAUACCCCCCAGAAAUACCAAUCAUGUAUAGAUCUCAGGGGUAUAGGAAUAAAUGGUGACUUUUUACUCUUUCAUUCCCCCUCUUUCUCUCUGUUACAUAGGUGUUUAACAAGCAGUUGGAGAGUCAGUGCUCUGAGUUGAGUUCUGCCCUACGUUCUCUUUCUGUGGAGAAAUCCAAGCUACAGACUGAACACCAGGCUAGCAUUAAGGUACUGCCUCUAGCCCGCUUCUCUCACACACACACACACACACACACACACACACACACACACACACACACACACACACACACACUAGUACAGGCUACAUGUUAUUCUAUUCCUGUGUCUCUCUCAGGCAGAGAGGAGUCGUGUGGCCAAGCAGCUGCAUGAGCAAGACCUCCUGCUGGAAGAAGCCAGACGCAACAUCCAGGCAGAACUGAAGGGGGCGCUAUCAGCUAAAGUUAAAUUGCAGAUGGAGCUGUGGGUGCUAAAGUUAACUGCUAAUACUCAUAGGAAUGAAUAAUCUCUAUGAAUAAGGAAUGAAUAGGAUCUCAAUGAUAAUGCUAGCCACACACAUCCACACCUCUCUUUAUGCUCCACAGGGAGACUCUGAAGGUUGACCACGCCCAACUUCUGCAGAGUUCCACAGUUGCCCAAGAGACCGUUGUCACUCAGCGGGAGCUGUUGGAGCGUACCAUUGAGAGGUUGCGAGGGGAUCUGGACUCGGCUGUAAAGGAAGGGGAGGUCGUGAGGACAGACAGGGACAGUGCAAAGACUGAGGUGCAGCUGCCAUGUCUCUUAGAAAAUACAUAGCCUAAGAGUACAAGGUUGUUAAAGCUUAACUGGGCUUUGCAUUGUCUCUUUUUAUAGUGUCUGUGGAUGUUCUUAAAUGUUACAGUAUGUCCCUAUCUCUCUGUCUUUGGGUCACAGAUGUGCAUUGUGGUCACCAAGCUAGAGUGUGAGAGGAGUGCUCUGGAAACGCAACUUGCUAAAGUCAAGGUACUGUACUGCCAAAGCUCUCUGAUAAUCUCUGACAACGAUUCAGACUGAUCUCAGACCUUCAUGAAAAUGGCCUACACAUUAACAGUGAACACACUUCGUGUCCGAAUCUGACCAUAGCUUCCUUAACUGUCCUCUGUCCACUUUGCAUCCUGUGUGAUUGACAGUUGGAGGCAGGCACUCUGAGCUCCACCUUGCAGAAGCAGGAGGAAGAGAACAGGAGGCUCAUGGGAAAGCUGGUUGCCAUGGAGCACCAGCAGGUGAGAGAUCCAUUCAGUAUCUACAGACUGGGGUCACAUCACUUUCAAUCUGUCCAUCCAUAGUGAAUUUGUGUAUGUAACAUACUUUCUCUAUUAUUUUCUUUCUUCAUCCUGACAAUUUCCUCUUUCCCCUCACCUCUCAACGCAUGGUGUCCUCUUUACCCAGAAUGCUCAGCAGCAGGUGGAGCAGAUGCUGAAGGAGCUGACGGACAUUAAGAACAACCUGGCCUAUGAGAAAGGGAAGCUACAGGUAAGGAGUUUACACUAAAACCAGUGGUGGAAAAAGUACACAAUUAGUAUCAAAAGUAAAAGUAUACAUUAUUUCAAAUUCCUUAUACUAAGCAAACCAGACGGUACAAUUUUCUUGUUUCUUUAAUUUACGGAUAGCCAGGGGCACACUCCAACACUCAGACAUAAUUUACAAACUAAGCAUGUUUAUUUAGUGAGUCUGCCAGAUGAGAGACAGUAGGGAUGACCAGGGAUGUUCUCUUGAUAAGUGCGUGAAUUGGACCAUUUUCCUGUCCUGCUAAGCAUUCAAAAUGUGUCAGGAAAAUGUAUGGAGUAAAAAGUACAUUAUUUUCAUUAGGAAUGUAGUGAAGUAAAAGUAGUCAACAAUAUAAAAAUGAUAGUACAGAUACCCCCCAAAAACUACUGAAGUAGUACUUUAUUGGUAUUUUUACUUAAGUACUUUACACCACUGACUAAAACACACCGACCACACCUGUUGAUGUGUGUGCGUUCAUGUAUCCUCAUGUUGAAGUGUAUUUCCUCCUAAUGCUCUUCCUCUCAACUAGACCAGGGUAGAUCAACUUCAGGAGGAGCUGCAAGCUUUAAGGGACACCCAUGUAGAAAGUGUCCAACAACACAAGCUGAGCUCUGUGUUAGAGGACAAGUACACACAGGUACACACACUCAUGGUAGUAAUGUAUUCAUGUGGUAAUGUAGUAAUGUGUUCAUAUGUCAAAAACAAGUUGACUCCAUAACAUACACCUGUCUACUCCCCUACAGGUCAGCUCUGAAAUGAGCACCCUGAAGACAACCUGUCAUAAACUGGAGGCUCAGCUCAGACAGGCCCAGGCUGCAGUCCAGGUGAAGGAGGGGGAGGUGACGUCAGUGGUGGCAGCCAGAGACGAGGCUCUGAGGGACAGCCGGACCCUGAGGGGACAACUGGACAAACUGCAGGAGCAGCACGGGGACAAGGUCAGAGGAAUAGUAAAAUGGUUACCCAACCUGGGUCCUGGAGAGUCUUUUGUUCAAGAUAUUUUUACAUUUACAUUUUAGUCAUUUAGCAGACACUCUUAUCCAGAGCGACUUAAAGGAGCAAUUAGGGUUAAGUGCCUUGCUCAAGGGCACAUCGACAGAUUUUUCACCUAGUCGGCUUGGGGAUUAGAACCAGCGACCUUUCGGUUACUGGCACAACGCUCUUAACCACUAAGCUACCUGAUUCUGCUCUGUGUAUUUGUCCUGUAGCUGUGUGAGCUGGAGGGCUGGCUGGGUGUCUCCCGUCAGGGUGGGGGCAGUGUGGCUCAGACCCUGGAGAACGUUUUGGCCUCCCACUCCCAUCUGCAACACAACACUGAGACGGUACAGAAGGAGCUGGGGGGACAAGAGCAGGAGCUGGCCUCACUCAGGAGAGACAGGUAGGUGUCUGUCUGUCUGUAUUGUGCAUGUAUAUGGGUGUAUGUUUGAACAACCCAUGUGUUUGUCAGACUGCAGAGUCAGAGAGAGAUUGAAACUACAGGCAGAGGUGGAGAAGCUCCAAGACAUCAUGGCAACAACUCACUCCAAGAUAAACAAAAUGGUAACUACAUCAUUAAUGUCUCAUAAACACACAUAUAGCAACAAACGGCUCUUAGCUUUUAGUAGUAAUAGUAGUUUACAAAGAUAUAUUUGAUUCUCUAGCUGGAGACCUUGCAUAAGGCCCUGGUCGUGGCAAGGCUGGACAACAAGAAACUAGCCCAGAGUUUAGAGCAGGCUGUGUUGGCCAACAGCACUCUACAGGCCAAACUGGACCGAGCCAGAGACCAACACCAGAACACCAUCACACAGAGGUAACUAACUAGGACUAAUGUGGAUAGUGGGGGUUUAUUUUAGUGUGGUUUAAUUAUGUGAAAACUUACAUGGUUACUUAGCAUGAAUGUGACAUUCAUGACUAAAUUUUGCACGUGUACCAGAGAGGUGGAGCUGGCUGAAGCCAGGGCAGAGAUUGGUCGAUGGUCAGAGCAUCUGGAAUCUAUGAAGCUUCAGAUGAGGAAAGAGAGGGACUCAGUGAAGAGGUUGUCACAGAGAGAAAUCUCAGAGGUACUGCACUCUUUCUCACACACUCCAUCGCUUCUGUCCAUCAUCAGUCAGAACUCUGAAAUAACAUCCUGCCUCUUUCCUCAUCCCUCUUUAUUACUCUCUUUCCCUUCUGUUUGUGUGUCUCUCUUCAGAUGAGAAAAGCUCUUGAGGACUCGUCAUCUAGGUCAGCUGACCUCUCCAGGGCCAAUCUGGAGCUGCGGGAGAAGAUGUCUGAGUUGGAGAAAGUGGUGUCCAAUCAGAAAGCCCGUCUCAGAGAUCAGAAGACGCAGCUCAAGCAACUUGCUCCUAACAAUGCAGUAAAAUGUCAAACACAAAUAGUCAACAACAAAAAAGACUACAAGAAAUCUUGAAAUGUCUGACUAUAAACAUUCUGAGCAAAUAAUGUAAGAAAUAACACACACCAAAAAAGAAUACUGCAAAGUUGGCUACGAGCUAGAAACAGGGUGGCUGUGUCUGUCAGCGCCAUCUUGUGGACAAGCACCUGCUAAACCAUAUUAUAUCCUCUUUGUCACUCAUGCUCUCCUCCCAUUUGCUCCCAGGACAUGGAGGGAGAACUAAAGAUCCUCAAGACCUUGAAGGAUCAGUAUCAAAAGAAGAACUAUGAGCAGGUAGGACACCUCACACACACUUUAUACACUUGUGGAUGUUUACAGGAUGGUAUACAUCAGUCACCAUUGUCCUGUCUGUUUCCAGAGUGAGUUGAUCCAGCAGUUCCGGUCCGAGACCUUAUCCCUCCAGCGGGAGCUACGGCGCCUGUCCUCCAGCCAGGAGGGGGAGCUAGAGGCUGAGAGGGAGCUGAGACACGUCAUGCAAGACAAGUGUCAGGUUAGCAGGGGUUAAGUAUCUCUGUUAGUCAUAAGCUAGCCUCGCUUAAGUCAAUGGUUUUAAAUGGCUUAAUUGAAUCUCCUUUACUUCUUGACUUUGAAGCUUUGAUGCCGUUUUGAGAGACAGCCAUGUCUGUUUUUAAAAUCUGCAAAUGUGUGUUUCUGUGUUCGUUUGUCCUAGCAGAGGCUGGAGGAGAGAAUCAAGAACAUGCAGAGGCCAAAGACGAGGCAGAGCAGAAAAUGAAAGAGGUCAGCCUGGAGUCACAGCAGGUAAGACUCCCUCUACCACCCGGAGUCACAGCAGGUAAGACUCCCUCUACCACCCGGAGUCACAGCAGGUAAGGCUCCCGCCACCACCCGGAGUCACAGCAGGUAAGGCUCCCUCAACCACCCGGAGUCACAGCAGGUAAGACUCCCUCUACCACCCGGAGUCACAGCAGGUAAGGCUCCCGCCACCACCCGGAGUCACAGCAGGUAAGGCUCCCUCAACCACCCGGAGUCACAGCACGUAAGACUCCCUCCACCACCCGGAGUCACAGCAGGUAAGGCUCCCUCAACCACCCGGAGUCACAGCAGGUAAGACUCCCUCCACCACCCGGAGUCACAGCAGGUAAGACUCCCUCUACCACCCGGAGUCACAGCAGGUAAGACUCCCUUUACCACCUGGAGUCAAGACAAUCUUAUUUGUUCUGCUCCCUCAUCUUCAACACCUCUUGCUUGUUCAUUAAUUAUCUCACUCUGUAUCUCCCUGUCUGUUGUCUGUUAACUGUGUGCACAUAAAUAGCCCCUGACGGGUUAGUAAAGUUGAACUGAAUUGGAAUUCUCCUGACAUCAUACUUGUCCCCACACUCCGAUAUCAGAGAACCUAGAGGAAGCUCACAGUUGGUUCCGGUCCAAGUUUGACAGCCUGAAGAGUGAUGGAGAGCCAAACAGGUCUAUGGGGGAUGAGGAACCGCAAGAGAAUGUACACCAUCCCCCGGGGAGCAGUAAAGGGGGUGCACACAGUUCAUCAUGCAAACACAACAGAAAGGUACUUUUCUCUCGUGUCCCUUUAUCAACACUCACUAAUAAUGCCAUGAGUCUGCAGUCCUCUCAGCUUUUAAUGCAUUCUUUGUCUGGUAUUUCAGUGGUACCUCUUUACCACAGUUCUCCCAAAGUGACACCAUUAAACUCAAUGAAAGAUAGACUAUAGAGUGUUAGGAAGUGCUAAAAUCACUGAGUGAAAAGUAUGUCUUAACUGCCUGUGAAAUUCAGAGAAUUGUCCAAUCCGUAGGAGUAAGAAUUACAGCUAUUCAUUAACUUAUCAAAUAUUUAAGUCCUCACACCCUCUGAGAAAGCCUCUUAGCUCUAAAAGCACUAUCGGGUAAAUGUUUGGUUCUCUAGAGGGGGUUGAAAGAGCUGAGAAUGUUCUCGGUUGCAGGCACAGACUAUUCGCAUUUUUCAGGGAAGGAGAUUUCUAAUAAAAAUGAGGUAUUGAGUAAAUUUGCUGUACAAAAAUGUCUCAUUGUAGUGGCGAUUUUAAGCGCUCCACCGAAGUUAAGAAAGACGUGCAGAACUAUAGCUGGAAAAACAUAUAAUCAAGGCUGGAACCCAUCCAAUUUUAUAUUUCUGAAUUACGGUCACGACUUUGCCCUGAGCAUUUUUAUAAGCACAUACCUUAUUGAAGCCACUUGGUGGGAAUGUUAAGCACAGUUCUAUGAUCCAAAUAACUUUGUCAGACACUUUAUGAAAAUGGCCUGAGGUGUUUGUCUCAAUGGGUUUAUUCUGUGUCUUGUCAAAGAGAGUGGUGUUGUCUUACAGACAGUUACCCAGCGGCUAUGGGGAUGUGUACCUGAACAGGGGAUGAGAGUGGUUCCGGAUGUAGACUCAUAAGUUCUCUAUUUUAUUCUUGUCAUGUUCCAGACUCGGUGUGACAGUAGGCCUUCAGAACCUCCAGAGUGGGAGAGAUGGCGAUCCACCAUGCAACGCUGGGAGACCAAGAGAGAGCUGGCUCGCAUUGCAAGUGGAUACAAACCUGGUGGGACACAUGCCUUAACACACUGACACACGCAACAAGACACGCAUACUGUAUAGUGCAUACACACACAACAAGACACGCAUACUGUAUAGUGCAUACACACACACACACAUAACUACUGGACCAAGGCACAUGGAGAAACCAGCCCCUCACACAGUGAUCCCAUUUAUUUAUUUAAAACAUUGAACAGCAAGAAAUAUGAGAGAGCACUAGCAGGCACAUAUGAGAUAGCAGCCACAUGUAUGAGAUGGCAGCCACAUAUAUGAUAUAGCAGCCACAUGUAUGAGAUGGCAGCCACAUGUAUGAGAUGGCAGCCACAUAUAUGAGAUAGCAGCCACAUAUAUGAGAUAGCAGCCACGUAAAUGAGAUGGCAGCUGAAUGCUGAGAACUGUGUGAUGUCAUCCUUUUAUCUCAGUCUUAACUGUGUAAAGCUGGUUUGAACAUGCUGUUUUCAGAAUAAGAACUGUACAAUUAUAAUUUAUACAAAGAUUGUUCUUAUUUUUAGAUUCUUUAUACAAAAUUAUAUAUUUUUUUAUAUCACUGUGUACAAAUGUUUUUUUUUUUUCUCUGACUUGACUGGAUUCACAGUUUUGUAUGUACAGCAUGUAGAUUAUUUGUUAUGACCAUAAAAUGUCAAUCAUAUUGAUCCUUCCUUUGAAAGCUUAUUGGCUGUGCAGACCAGGCCAGGGGCAUUCAGAGUUCAUCAGAGCGAGUAUGUGCUGUAUCAAGGAAGGCCCUGGAGUUAACAUAAUCCUAUAGGAAGGGCUCUGAGUCCAUAAUGUCCAAUAGAAAUGGCUCUCAGUUUAAGUUGUCCAAUAGGAUAUAUGAAGUUGUUCAACAGGACCAUGCUUCCAUCUUAGAAACACAAUCUUCUUGCUAAAGAAUCCAUACUCUAGGGUGUGACAGUGAGACAUGGGGUUGUGGGGAGAUUGGAGUCUCCGGUGGAUCGAGAAGCAUAGUUCACCAUGAUGUACACUAAGGUAGGAGUGGAGGGAUGAAGGGUUUAGGUGGACCAUGAUGUUCCAUCACUAUUCUUUGGCACUUUGGCCACUGGACACACACACUUAGCUACAUAUCCUGAAGAAAAGGUCACUAUGGAUUCAACUCUCAUAAAAAAGGGACCUUCAAAACCAUACAAACACACACAUACUCAUAGUAACACCAUUCCAAUGAUGUCCACAAGGCCAAGACGAGACAAGAAACAACAGUCAAGAUGAACAAGGUCUCCACAGCGGAGACCACUUCUCUGUUCAGCCACUUGAGGGCAGCAUGGCAGCAUGGUGUCCACUAUUUACCUCAUAGAAAAGACUCACAAAAACAUUGGCAGGCAACACACUGAUCCCAGUGAGCGCAGUCCAUACUGGUCAUUGUCAUUCAGUACAAAUCCCCAUUCCAAAUCCCUUCUACACAAAGUUCUUGAUAACACCAACUCUGAACCUGUUGCAUUAAAUUUGAUUUAAUAACACUAUUUUUACUACUGUCAAAAUCUUUGUCAUUUUUAAGUGAUUCAAAUCAUUAUAAUUAAUUGAGAUCACACAACUCAAAACCAAAAAGGUAAUCCCAUGAUACAUCUGUUGAAAAAAUAAAUAAAUAGAUGUAAAUCUAAACAUAUAUAAUUAAAUGAUAUGCAUAAAUGAGUGCUUGACUUGGACUGAAAUAGGUGCCGGUACUCAUUUUGGGUGCCGGCACUGUUUAUUUAGGUGCAGGAGCUCCACAAUACUUUGAGCUAAUAGUCUAUAAGAGGAACAGGUGCUCAAGCAGUAGAACAUUUGAGGUGCCGGUACUCCGCUCUGAGGGGCUCCUGACUAAGUCAAGCACAGGAUAUGUACAUGAGUAGACAGUGAAGUGAUCAUGGUUUUGCCUGCUGGUGAUGACAUUAUUUGCUUGCAAAUUUUGUGAUCAGAGAAAAAGAUAGUCCUAGGAUUGAGAUGAAACUGAACAGAACAUCUCAGACAGGUUGGUUAGGAGAGUUUAGUUGAGGUCACAGGUAAGUUCUAGUUGUUGGUGGGUGGUGGAGUUCAGAGGUGAGUGUUGAGGGGUCACCAUACAGAACAUUUGUUGACAGGAUGCAUGGGGGAACCCUUUGGACAGUGGAACACUCGGGCAAACUCAUCAAACUGGGACACGCUGCCAAUCACCCUGCAGGGGGGGAGGAGAUAG